AUGCUGCCCCGGACGUUGUGCACAUCUCGCAUUGCCAGGAAACAAUUGAAUCGCAUACAAUGGCGCCGAACACCGCUGCGAUGCUAUACUUCAGCAAACCCCGACGAUCCACCAUGGUUCCAACAGCUGCGCACCGAACUGCUGCAGCGAGACGUUACGUAUAUUCCUGAACACAUCACACAACCACCCGAACACAAGCUCUCGCAGACCCUCACAGGCUUCUUACCGCGAGAAUGGUGCCAUCCUCCGACUAUGCGUCUUCGUGUGAUGCCUUUCGGGCAUCACUUGAUAUGGUUCAAUCCGGCGGUGCUGACCCCCGAGUUGCUUCCAGAUGGGACAGACGCGUCACAGAGCCCGGGUGGGCCAUGGGUGCGGCGCAUGUGGGCUGGCGGCUCGAUACAGCUGAAAUCUGACGAUUAUUUUGACCACUCUCGCGGCUGUACAAUGGACACGAUUAUGGCUGGUACAGAGCAUAUAAAGCAUGUCCGACUACAUGGAGAGGGCGACACAGCCAAGGUCUUUGUCACAAUCGAGCGGCGCUUUGCGAGGCUGAAUAGCAUACAGAGUGCCUACAGGGCGAAGCAUGGCUCACUGGGAAGGUAUGGGGGCACUCAAAAAGUCCGAAAUUAUCUCGAGCAGCAAGCGCGCAACGUCGAUGGUUGGGGCGAUGCUAUUCUUAGAGAAGAGCGUAACCUGGUCUUUUUCAAGGAACGCACCGCUGCGGAACUGGAGGCUGUCAAAGCUGGUCAAAUGGCCACCGUGAAGUACUUGGAUCCCCCCGGAAACCCCGACUUCUCGCAUGCCCUCACUCCAAACCGCGCCCUCCUUUUCCGCUUUUCCGCUCUCACCUUCAACGCCCAUCUCAUCCACCUCGAUCCAGACUACGCUCGCAACGUCGAAGGCCACCGUAACCUGCUAGUCCAUGGCCCUCUCUCUCUGAUUCUCAUGUUGAAAACCAUGAACCAUUACGUGUACACACAAACGGAAGGAAAGCAGGUUCUGGAGUCCAUCGAAUAUCGCAACCUAGCGCCGCUGUACUGCGACGAAGAGAUGCGCAUUUGUUGCUCGGAGAAGAAGAAAUUGCAGAAUGGCAGUAUAUAUGAUGUAUGGAUUGAGGGACCCACUGGUGGUGUUGCUGUCAAGGGCACUGUUCACACCACAGUGAGGAAUUCCGCGCCUGUCCAAGCACCCAUCGUCGCAGCGCCCGUCGUACCGACCGACAACCCGAAAACGAAAGGGCGUUCGUUCAAAAGACCAGAACACCCAGCGCUUCGAUACCGGAUGAUUCAAGCGCUCGAACAGGCUAAGACGGCGAAAGGCUCUGAAAGCAGUACUCGGAAUCAUGUCACCUUGAGAGAAAAGCAGUCGUUACAAGACUCGCCGGCGCCUCCCUCAAGUUCUGAGCCUACUACAAGCCCUGAGAUCUCUGCAAGUUCCGAAUCCUCGACAAGCUCUGAGCCUCCUUCUCAGCCCCAAGGUGAGAUCCCAAACCAGUCUGCUCCCAGUGAAACUACUUCUCAACCACCGUCUAGAGAAGUAACUUCCGUAAUCGCGCACAAAACAGGCCGUGCGUAUCGCCGCAACCGUAUCACCAAUACCACGGCCUACAGCUUUGUCACCUUACCUCCUAGCGAAGUGCCGCCUGUCCGUGUUGUCGACUCUUACAAGCCCGUGAAAACGACAAUGUCAGUACGUUCGAAGGAAAUCCUGCACCGCGCCCGUCGACGCGCCCCGGCCCAGAUCACUAUCGAACCUAUACCCCUGGUGCGUAGAUUUGAUGCAAAACCAUAUACUCCAGACCCUGUUCAGACUGCUUCAAGGCACAGCAGAUUCCGGAAGGAGGGUAUUAGGAAGAUGGACAAGCCUAGUAUCCGCUACGUGGCUGAGUUUUCUGAGCGUACGAAGGGAAGAACGAGGUUGGUAUCACGAUACGUCCAGAAAUGA